CAGCAUGGGGAAGCAGAAGAAGGCGCGGAAGUACGCGGUCAUGAAGCGCAUGAUCAGCCUCCGGGAUGAGCGCAUUAAAGAGAAGGAUCGCGCAAAAGCCCCUGUGAAGAAGAAGGAGGAUCCGAGUGCCAUCAAAGAGCGGGAGGUCCCCCAGCAUCCCUCUUGCUUGUUCUUCCAGUAUAAUACACAGCUGGGCCCCCCUUACCACAUCCUGGUUGACACCAACUUCAUCAACUUCUCCAUCAAGGCCAAACUGGACCUAGUGCAGUCGAUGAUGGACUGUCUCUAUGCCAAGUGUAUUCCAUGUAUCACAGAUUGUGUGAUGGGUGAAAUCGAGAAGUUAGGACAGAAGUACCGUGUGGCAUUAAGAAUUGCCAAGGACCCUCGGUUUGAACGCUUGCCAUGUAUGCACAAAGGAACCUACGCCGAUGACUGCUUGGUGCAGAGAGUCACUCAGCACAAAUGUUACAUUGUGGCCACAGUGGAUAAAGAGCUCAAGCGGAGAAUACGAAAAAUCCCUGGGGUGCCUAUAAUGUAUAUUUCCAGGCACAGGUACAAUAUUGAGAGGAUGCCAGAUGAUUAUGGAGCUCCUCGGUUCUAACCUGUCCAGCCAAGCCAUCAAUGCCAGGACGGUGAGCCAGGAUAAGGGUCUUCUGAUUCCAACCCUCCUGCUUUCUUCUUUUGUUGGAACUCUGCUCAUAGGACUGUGGAUAACACCAAACUGACUUCUUAUCCUUGUUUUUCUACGAGAAAGCUAUUUUGAAGAGUCUGGUUUUAUUCAUCCAUCCUCUGCCUUAGUCCAAUUAUCUACAGCUGGGAGAAGCAUAUGGGAAACAGAGGACAGGAGGACCAAGAAUGUGCCUAGCUCUGCAUGAGGACCAUUGGAAAAAGUGAUUUCAGCAUUCUGAAUUAAAUAUUGAUGAUGCAACUCUGGCUGAGAAUGAAACCA